AUGCCAACUAUACCUCACCAGUUUCUGCCCUUUGGAACCCGGCUACCCUCGCAGCCAGUAUGGACUGGCGUCCCAGCACUCAUCCCUCCGGGCAUGUAUCCAUCCCAGGUCGAUAUCCGCACUUUAUACUCCUACACCCGCAACGAGGGCGUUCACAAGUAUGACAUGAAGCCCAACGCGUCCCUCCGCAAGAAGCUUGUCGCCGAGCUCGACAUGACUCCUCGCGGUGUCCAGGUGUGUCUCUCCCCAUCUCGUCCCCUUGGCGUCCCAUCCGCCGAUCAACAAUUCGACGCGUUGCACCCUCCAUUCUUCAACGCGACAAGUGACGUGAACGGAUCGACGAUCGAGAUCACGCUCAGCUCGAUGCGCCUCUUGACCGUGCGCGACGUCUCCACCGGCUCGACCGCAUCUUCCAUCGGUCCCAGCAGUGGCGCUGGGAUCCCGCAGGCCGCACAGCGCCUCUCGGUCGACUUGGCGCAUCUGAUCAUGAACGCCCAAGGACGGCCUUCGUCGAUCCUCUCCAGCGGCUCCUCGCUCCAGUCCCUGUCCACCAUCUCGGGCAUCUCUGUCGACUCGACAGGGUGCUCAGCGCGCUCGUCGAGCAGCUCGGUCGUCUCCCACGACCACGAGAAGGAGCACAAAGAGAAGGAGGAGGGCAAGAAGACGAGCCGCGAGAGCAGGCGGUCAUCCGAGUCCCACCGGCGCACGCCCAUCUCCGAGAUCUUCCCCGAGACGCAGGUCGACGUGCAGAGGCAGUCGACGGGCUCGCCGUCCCCCCCGGGCUCGCUCAUGGACCAUCCGAUGGUGCGCAUGGAGGAGGCGACGGCGGACGGGCAUUCUCCGCCCACGGACAACGAGAAGGUCGAUGACUGUUGA